UGCGCACCAAUGACCAACCAACACAAACUCCGACCGGACCGACUCAGAGCAGCAUCGAAGGACUUUACUGCAGACCAUAAACACUUGCUGCUACUUCAUGUUUUAAUACGAUUUGGACAAAUUUAACACCGCGAGAUGAUUGUGUGGAUGUAGUUAUCGGUGCUGUUGAUUUUGACGCAGCUGACAGCAGUAAAGAGAUACUGUUAAAAUCCCCCCGGAGAUCCCGCUGAACUCGGGGUCAAACUCUUCACCCCCGUUUCCUGUUUGGCAAGGAGCUGCACAGUAUAAUGGAGAACCUGCACCCCCACUGCCUCAAAUGCAUUAACAGAAGAUGCAUGGUAAGACCAGAAACCGGGGUGUCUUGCAACCUCAUGUGCUGUCCCCUCAUCUGCGGUGCAGUUUUCCAUUCGUGCAAACUCGAAGAACAUCGCCUGCUUUGUCCACAUGAGCGUCUGCCAUGCCUGAACCACGAGUUUGGCUGCCCCUUCACCAUUACAAGGACCAGGAUGGCGCAACAUCUUAAGACUUGCCCAGCCAGUAUAGUAUGUUGUACUAUGGAGUGGAACCGCUGGCCCAUCAGCUAUGCUGAUCGCAAGUCCUAUGAGAACUUGAGCAAAGACUUUGAUAAUGUGGAGCAGCUAGACAUGGCUUUGGCUCUGCAGGAUCAGAGGAUGUUGUUGGAGUCCCUGAGAGCUACGUCCACUGUGUCGAAGAAUGGAGUUAAAAAGGGCGAGGACGGUGAUAAGUUGGACACAGCAUCAGGUUUACUAGAGACGGGAUUAGAUAAUAAACAAGUACAAAUGGAAGAAGAGCCCUAUACUGGGAUGUAUAAUGCCUCAAUGGGGGCGAGCAGAAGUCUGGCAGUGGCCUUGGACAUUCUCUCGAAUUCCAAGGAUAUUGAUGUAAUUGUAGGAAAUCUAAAUGGGGAAAAGCCUGAUAAGAAUGGAGUGCUCCACAAUGGAGAGAAUGGCGAUAAUCAUAAUGUUUAUGUUGCAGAGGGAAGCAGGAAUGUAGAUAUGCAAGAGAAUGAUUCUGAUUCAGACUGUGAGGUUGGAGCAGUAGGUGGAGUCGAUUGCGCUGUGGGGACAGAUGGAGAGGAAAAUGGUAAUGGCUGGAGAGAUGAUGAUUUUGUAGAGUUGUUUUUUGAUGAAAAGGAAGAUAGGAUUAAGGAGCCACUAAAUGAUUCCAACCAUGUCUGGCCGGAGGCGUCUCGUGAUUAUUUGCCCAUUGUAGCGCUGUUGCCUACAGUACCUCAGCCAGCACCAGUGACGCCCCCAAUGCCAUUCCUGCUGUCUCAUCACGUGAAAGGUCACUUUUUGCAAUAUUUAUCCCCUGCAUUCAGGCGUAAUUUCUUGGAGCGUCAAUCACAGAACUUUCAAGUAUUUAGAGGUAUAUUUACAAUCGAUCGGUGGCAGGCAUUGCAGUCAGACCCUUACUUCUUUCGAGCAAAGAUGGAGGACAAGGCAGUCGACACAUCUGACCUAGAGGUAGCUGAAGACCCCAUGGGUCUCCACGGCAUCGAUCUCAUUACUGCAGCUUUGCUGUUUUGUCUCGGUGACUCUCCAGGAGGCAGAGGGAUCUCAGACAGCAGAUUUGUGGAUGGCUACCACAUUGACUUCGGUACUCAGACUUUCUCCUUCCCUUCAGCCAUUCUUGCAACCAACACCAUGGUGGGGGACAUUGCGUCAGCCUCAGCCUGUGAUCACGGCAGCCCACAGCUUUCCAGCCCCAGUCCCUUCCACACUCUCAGGCUGGACCUUGUGCUCGAAUAUUUUGCCCGAUACCAAACUAAGCAGCGCUCCAUGUUUACGUUUGUGUGCGGCCAACUGUUCCGGCGUGAUGAGUUCUCAUCUCAUUUCAAAAAUGUUCACGGGGACAUCCACGCUGGACUCAACGGCUGGAUGGAGCAACGCUGCCCCUUGGCUUACUAUGGCUGUACCUACUCCCAGAGACGAUUCUGCCCGUCUGUACAAGGCUUCCGAAUCAUCCAUGACAGGCACCUCGGCUCUUUUGGGGUUCAGCCUGGUCUACCUGGGGACACACUUCCAAGACACAUGCGCCAGUUUGCCGCGCAGUGCGAUCAGUUCAGCGGUCUUCCCUUUGAGGUUUUGCAACAUAUAGCAAGCUUCCUGGACAGCUUCAGCUUGUGCCAAUUAUCCAGAGUAUCCCGCACUAUGAGGGAUGUGUGUUCGAGCCUGCUCCUGAUGCGCGGCAUGGUCGUCCUGCUGUGGGAGAAGAAAAAGCGUGCUGAUGGGUCACCGACUUGGCAGAUCACAGAUAAGGUGUGGCGAUUCAGCACUGCGUUCGGUACAGUGAACGAGUGGAAGUUUGCAAACAUCUCCAGCAUGGCUGACCACCUCAAGAAGUGCAAGUUCAAUACGAUCACUCGCCGGGAGGAGGCCGUCCCCCUGCCGUCCAUGUGCUUCACCAGAGAGCUCACAAAAGAAGGAAGAUGUUUGCGUUCAGUUCUCAAACCAGUAGCAUGAGACCACCUGGACUCAAAUCCACACGAUAUCCUAUUGUGUUUACAGUGUUUACAGCUUGGUGUUGUUUACUGUUGAGUGUUUUUUGCUCCACAGGGGAAAAAACCUUCACACCUACGGGCAGACAUUUUGAUAGGUCACAGUAGGAACAUAAAACAUCAAAAACUCUGCCAUGAAUACAGGCCUUUAAAUAAGACAAAGCCAGUGGAACACUCAUAAAUAUUACAGCAGAAUCUUGUUAGCUUUGUAUCCUAAUCUAUGAUGGAUUUCUCUACCAUUAUCUACUCUGACAUUGUGUAAAAAUUCAGAUAAAAAAAAAAUAAAAAACAAGAUUUAUAUUGAAAAGUCAGUACUUUGCUACAAUGGAGGAAAAGAGUAGAGCCUUAACUUGUGAUACACUUGAUUUUCUAGUCUUGGGGUCUCUGCUUCUCGUUAACUGGUGUCCUGCACAGUUUUAUAUCAUGAUACCAUAGAGUAACCGUGCGUGUGCACACUGCUUACAGCCCAUAGAUUUCAUGGCUUAAUUCUACAUUUUUAAUACUGACCAAACAUCUGUGAUGGUUCCAUGAAUGUCACUACACAGCUGUGAGCAAAGCGUGUCGCUGUUAAGGCUUGCUUGAUAGAAAUAUGUUUUCUGAUAAAACUCAAUCGGAAAUUGAUUCAUUGAUAGAUUUCUCUUGUGUAAGACUUCACGUAAGGAGAAAAAUGAACCUAUAAACAAGGCAGGCCCAGGAACCACCAAGCUGAAAGGCAGAUGUCUGACUUCAUUUUGACUUUACAAAUUAUAGUUUUAUAGUUUACUUAUUUUUUUUAAAUCAGUGGGACCUGGCCCUACUAACUGUAGAAGUGGAUUUCUGUUCACCAGCAUAAGCACGUCACUGUCAUUGUGUCUAAAGGUGGUGUGUUUUUGUGGUUUUGUAAGUGGCACUGACAUUUUCUGUUUCUCCCUCACCUCUGAGACGCAAUGUAACAUUGCAGUAGCAUUUUUAGCUGUGGUUUGUUUUAUCUAUCAGCUUUGAGGAGUAACCAGCAACUGUUCUUUUCUCUGAGAGUCUAAAUGUAUCAAGUAAAAAAAAGGAAUGUACAGAAACUUAGAGCGGCCAUUGACACAACAAUAUUUUUCCAUUUUGUCAUCUUGAGAUUACGGAAUAAUCAAAUUGAUAAAUGAAUAUGUGCUUGUGUUCCUUGUUGACUGAACUACAGCCUGAUCAGUAGAUUCUCAUUUUUGUAACAUUUUCAGCUACUGGCAUAAAAACAGAUCAGCAGAGGGAACAGCCUUUUAUAUUUUUUUAUUACAAGAAAAUGAGCCUUGUUAUCCUGUAAUACAAGGUCAUUCCUCUGUGAUCUUGAGAUUAGAGAAUGAAAAAUACAGUAGUGAUCAUAGUGUCGUUCUCGGCUUUCGUAGGAAUGUACAGUUUGUGCCCAGUAAAUAGGAGAAAUCCAUCGGUGGCUGACGGCAGACCUCAUAAAACCCUGCAGGCCAGGUGUUUACGCAACAUAGCGGGCACACACUUCCCUCCAGUAACGAGCAUCAGUAAUUAUGUUCACAUUAUUUAUCACAUCUGUAUGUUUCUGUCACUACAUGUCACUGUGUCUCUCAAGUUUCUCUCAACAGUUUAGUAUUGUCCAAGAUCACCCCAAAAUGUUAUAAAAUAGUAUGUCGUCCAAAAUCACCCCAAAACAUCAUAGUGUAGUAUGUCGUCUAGAAUCACUCCAAAAUGUCACCGUUUAGUAUGUCUAUAGUACAGCCGCUAAUAAACGAUAUAUCAGCUACUUGAUCGUUGUAGGGUCUUACAGCUGACUGGUGUACCACUCAGUAUUAACAGUGUGUGUUUGUGUUGCAGUGCUGAACUAACAAACAACAUGUUUUCAUGUUUGUCAUCCAGUCAGCGUUGUGCUGAUCACUGAUGGUUUGAAUGUGCUUUAAAAACAUGGGGUUUGUUUGGAUUAGGUAUUUAGGGCUGAGAACAUGUGAACAUGACAUACUUUUCUCAUUAAUAUGAGAGAAUUUUCUAUUCUUGUUUUUUUUGAAAAUGUCACAGUAUAAGAUGUGAUAAUUGGUGAAAAAAAGUUGUGGUUUUUUUUUCUUGUUUUAUAUUUUUUAGGUUAAGCCUAACAAGCAUUGUUGAGACUGAGCUGUCUUUAUUUGAAUAUGUCCCAGUCUGUGUUUGGUUUAUUUCUUAUUUUUGUACUGGUACUUUAAUUCAGAAAGAGUCUGCCUCUGUAAUGUCAAGAUUUGUGUUUGGAUAAUUAAUUUGCACAUGAAGGUAUGUACUGUAAAGUUAAAAUCAGGAUACCAAGGAGCGUUCUAACUGACCUGUGCUCUGCAUGUGAGUUUGAUGUCUCAGUGUAGAAUAUAUUUUCAUAUGAGUUGUUACAUUUAAAAAAAAAAAUCGUGUUAUCAUGAUGACUUUCAUCCAGAUCUGAUAACAUGUCUCCACCUUUUAAUCCUUUUUUUUUCUUUUUUUUCUUUUUAAUUGUGCUUGAGGUUGAAACAGUUUUCAAGAAACAUGCAUUUCAUCACUUUUGAUUUUGCAAUGCAGACAUGUCAUUGCAGGCACCUGGAGUGUACCAACAUUUUCACCAGAGUUUUUUAUGCUUUGUUUUCACUCCUGCUGAAUGAAGUGUGUGUGUGUGUGUGUGUGUGUGUAUGUUUAUGUUUCACAAUAUUAUGCCAGCUUCAUUUGUUUGUUCUUUUGAAGCAUUUUAAUAAAGAGGCCCUUGGUUGGUACAGUU